AAGUCAAAGUUAAGAAAUAGAAUGUCACUGCACACUCUCAACUCCAUACUCCUGGUGCGGUAUGGACUGAAGCUCGCUGGUGAUACCUGUUACCAGCAUAAACUACCAAAUGAAGUUCUGCAGCAGUUUUAAGGCAGCUCCAUCCUCUUCUGCUGGUUCCGGCUCCGUGACAAUGCAGUUGGAGAGUGAAGAUGAAGAGGAUUUCCUUGCCAAUCUAUGAUGCUUCAUAUUUACAGUACGUAUGCAAGGAGUGGACUUUCUGGAACUUGCGGACACACACAGCAGAUGGUGACAGUGUGAACGAGAACUGUGGCAAUAUCUGGAGGAAACCAUUGAGCAGCUAGCCAGCCAAGCAGCAUAACAACCUGGAGAGAGCUGGAGAGAGAUGCCUAGCGCACACAUCAUUUUUUGGGCUAAGUUGCUUGUUUAAUAAAAUAGCAUAUAUACCUUGUACCAAUAAUUGUUGAUCAGUUAGGUAGCAUGUUAACUAACUACCAAUACACUGCUUCAAACUAUAAUUGUUCAGAAUGUGUAGGUUUACUAGUUAAAGAGAAAAUGAAAUUUAUCCUACCUAAUGACGCGGUUUUACGUUAUUAUUUAAUGAUGUCAUCACGCAAUGAUAUCACAAUGUAAUUUAGCUACUUUUAGCAACAAAUCGACCUGUCCCGAGCAAUUUCCCCUGAAAAUUAGGUGGCAACACUGGUACCCAGGCUGUUUCACAACCGGUUGUGAUCGGGAGUCCCAUAAGGCGGCGCAAAAUUGUCCUGGUUAGGGGAGGGUUUGGCCGGAGGGUAUGCCGUCAUUGUAAAUAAGAAUUUGUUCUUAACUCACUCAACUACUUAAAUUAAAAAAAUAAAAUAAAAUGUCCAGUUGGUGGCGGCAAUACAGCUUUUUGGGUUGUUGUCCGCCAUAAAACCCACAGAGGACGAAGAAGAAUAAGUUAGUCAUGUCACCGCCCACUUCAGUCAUAUGACCGCGGUGUUUAAGGUUUCGGUGAGGAGGAAGUGAUAUUUGUCUAUUGCGCUACAGUUUUGCAAAGUUUGGCUCUGAUGCCAUAGUAUCAUAGCUUUCUUCUUCAAAGAACGGCCGAGAGAAUAAUGGACAGCAUGGUCACAAGUGCUGGUUUGAUGGGAGUACGAAGCUGGAUCGCAUUACUUUUUUCGGUUCUAUCGCCAAGUCUAUGCACCUCUUUUGGCCAGAUUGACCCCCUGGUCUAUGAUGAGCAGUUGCUGUGGGUGAGGGGCGGGGCAGGAGAGGUGGACACUUACCGGAUCCCACUGCUCUCCUUCACCCCCAAGGGCAGUCUGCUGGCCUUUGCUGAGGCCCGGAAGAAGUCUGCCUGUGACGUGGGGGCCAAGUUCCUUGCCAUGCGACGGUCCACAGACAGAGGUGCCACGUGGUCUCCCACCACCUUCAUAGUAAACGAUGGCAUCCUGGCUGACGGACUGAACCUCGGUUCAGUGGUGGUGGAUGAGGAAACUGCCUCUGUGCUACUGAUCUACUCUCUGUGCUUCCACCAGUACCAGUGUGACCCUGCCAGUAUAAUGCUGGUGGAGAGCAUGGACGACGGACUCAGCUGGAGCCCACCAAGGAACCUCUCGGUCCAGCUGGGGGUCAAGAACUUCGUCCCUGGGCCCGGCUUCGGCAUUCAGAAGCACUACCCUCCUGCUAAGGGGCGUCUGGUGGUGUGUGGACAUGGCACCCUGGAGGGUGACGGGGUCUUCUGCAUUCUGAGUGACGAUCACGGACGAAACUGGAGGAAUGGCGCCGCGCUGAAGAGCAUCCCCUACAACCAGCCCAAACAACCCCUGGACUUCAACCCAGAUGAGUGCCAGCCUGUAGAAAUGGAGGACGGAAGCAUCGUCAUCAACGUGCGCAACCAGAACAACUACCACUGCCGCUGCCGCAUGGUGGUGCGCAGCCUGGACGGGGGCGAGACACUACCCUUGGAGCAGCUGUUGUUUGACUCCACCCUGAUAGACCCUGUGGUAGCGGCAGGGGCGCUGCAGAAGGAAGGCGUGAUGUACUUCACCAACCCAGCUGACAGUACUCACAGGGUCAACCUAACCCUGCGCUGGUCUCUGACCAAUGGCACGUCAUGGGAAAAGAAGGCCGUCCAGAUCUGGGCGGGGCCAAGCGGCUACUCCUGUAUGACAUCACUUACGAGCGGCAGGGCGGAGGACCGGAAGUUCAUCUUCGUCAUCUACGAGAAAGGCCACAAGGACUACUAUGAGACCAUCUCCUUUGCCAAGAUCCACCUCUACGGUGGACUGUAGUAGAAUAAGGCUGGGGGGGUGGGUACUUGGUGGAGUCUGCUUCUAACCACUGGUCCAUGGUCAGGGUCCGUAUUCUCAAAGCCUCUCGGAAUGCUGAACUAGGAUACAUUUGGACUUUUAGAUCAUAAUGAUUUAGAUGACAUAGACGGGGGACCUGAUCCUAGACCAGCACUCCUACUCUGAGAUGCUUUUUAAUGUUUUUUAUAUAAUCCCAAAUAUUUUUAUCCGCUUAAUAAUAGUUAUGGUUAGGAUGGGAAUUGGUGAAUUUCAUCUGGUUAGGGUAUUUAAUCUGUGGUUAGGGGGAGGAAGGGGGACUCAUUGCACUUUGCAACACAACUUUAUUUUGAUAGGUGAAGGGAGACAUGGAGAAAUACAAACUACUGCUGUUGUAUGGCACCAAGAAUGACAGGUUUGUGCCAUUUUAUCUUUAGGUGGCUUUUAAAUACAUCAUGAUUUUAUUAAUUAGGGCAAAACGUAGCAAACCUCUUUCACAACGGAAAAUGGAAAUUAGCUUUUCUUAUUGGACAAGUUCAGGUAGCUCCUCCCCUGUUUUAGUCUGUUUUCCUCAAUUUGGUGCCUAAUGUACAUUUAUUAGAGUGGCCCAAUCACAGGUACCCCGUCCUUUAAUGAUACUAUGAUAGUCUGUAAUGAUUGGUGGUAUGUUGGUGUACUCUUCCUGACUGGGCCUCCCAUAGCUGAGAGAGGAAGAAAUCCCUCACCCACAUCUUUUAUUUUGUGAUGUGGGGAAGGAAAAAGGUUUGGGUGGGGUAUGCGUCUCCAAGCCAUACAAAUAUUUGGACAGACUUACUAAGCGUUUGCAACUGUGCUAUUUCCAUAGGGCAAAAAAAUUGAACAAAGAGUAAAAAUAUAGCUUUAGAGGAGGACAUUUUAACACCUAGUAAAUCUAGCUCCCAUACAUCACAGCCCAUAAUGGAAUGGUUUCACUUUCAGAAUGGAUCUUGCCAACUUUUGGCAUGAGAGAAGACCGUAUGGUGAGACAAUAGUUUGAGGGAAUUGGACCUGUAAAUGAUUGACUUGUGUCAGAAUAGGACAUGCGCAUUUUGAAUCCAUUAAUUAUUUAUUUUUUCUUGAGCCAGGGAUGUUAUUGAAAUCCCCCUUGUUGUGUUAUUAGUUGAACGUUUAUUAAAUAUUUUGCAGCAGCGUAGCCUAGUGGUUAGAGCGUUGGACUAGUAACCGGAAGGUUGCAAGUUCAAACCCCUGAGCUGACAAGGUACAAAUCUGUCAUUCUGUCCCUGAACAGGCAGUUAACCCACUGUUCCUAGGCCGUCAUUGAAAAUAAGAAUUUGUUGUUAACUGACUUGCCUAGUUAAAUAAAGGUCAAAUUUUUUUUUAUGUGAUUGUGUUACAAAUGCCUCAACACAGUGCCUGGCACUCCCCUUGUAUGUGAAACAAUGUGACAAUUUACCUCAGGUUUCUAUAGCAUAUUUGAUCAGUCUCAUCUAGCUAGCACACUUCUGUCCACAGCAGUUGUAGUUGUUUCUCUCAGCUCACCUUGCUGAACCUAGCUGUGAAGCCGACAUACUGGUAUGCAAUAGAUUCCUUGUUUAGUGGUAAGAGGCUGCACCUGGUUAAAUGCACACAAGGAUUUGGUUGGUAGUUCACUGAAAAUGAUUUUGAUGAGAAACUCUUGCCUUGUAUUGAAAAAUCUGGAUGCAUGGCAACUCAUUGUGUCAAGAAGUUUAACUGCCACAUGUUAUGGUCUUUAAGUCCACUUGAUUUUGUAUUUUAUUUUGCAUAUAUUCUUCUCUUAUUGUAAGACUACAUAUCUUACGAAGUUUAUUAUCCUUCCUUUCCUGAAAGUGUGUAACUUCAAUAGAAUGCUUUCAAUUCACGUUUUAAGCUAAGAUUUGUGGUUUUAACAAUUCAGAUGUGUUUUUCUGAUCAAGACAUUGAAUUCCAAUAUAAAUAGCGAUUAAGGGAGGUGUGAUGUGUGUCUGAGUACAAAUAUGAUAUUCUGUAUGUACGUUUGGGUAUUGUACUGAUAUUUUUCCAAUUAGUGGUAAUAGAUCAGAACUGGGCUGCCUGUGUAAAAGCAGCCAUUGAACUACAGUACGUGGAAACAUAUGUAUCAGUUCAUAAACCAUGGAAUGGGUACAUCAAAUCUUUUCCCAACUAUUUUGCAGUCUAUAUGGCACAGAUGUCAAGUUUUUGCUUCUUAAAUUAAACUGGUAUACUUUUUUUAUUCAUCACAAUUUUCUUUAACCAAUUUUGAUCUUUAAUGCAGGGCCAUCUUUCACUUGCCUCUUCAAUUUUUUUUGCAAUAAUGCUGCAAUUUGUUGGUUGUAAUCUUGAGUAGAGUAGACAUUUCCAUAUAUUUUUGUUAGCUGCCUGUGUGACAACUCGUAAAUUAUGAUAUAAUUUAUAAAGAUUAUACCAAUAUUUUUUAAAUCAAUUAUUAUAUUUGAGUUUAACCAUAAUAUUUGUUCUGUCUUUUCUGGUGGAUUAAACUGAAAUUGCAACCAAC